AUGGGGAAAGGAAAGAAAUCAGCUCAACAAGCCGAAUCAUCCAAGGAAAAGAAGCAUGCAGAGGCUGAAGGAAGUCGGAGGUCACUCACUGAUGGCGAACCUGAAUCGCCUCCACCGAGAAACACUAUGCCCAUCUCCGAUGCACUCCCUGAGGUCACCGAGGAGCUUGACUCAUUCAAUACCGCUAAUGAGAAAACCCCUUCAGAGGAGAGCGAUGAAAGGACUCCAGGUCUUGGAGAGGAGCCAUCUGCAAAGGUUCCUGAAGCAGAUCCGCAACCGCAAAUUGGAUCCACUAGUGCUGCCAUUCAAGAUGUUCCGGUCACUGAUAAAUCACCGGAAGAGAAGGAUGAAUCUGCUCUACCUCUGGCGAUCAUUGAAACUGAGAAUGAGCUAAGUGAAGCCGAGUCUGAAUCAGCCAAGAAAGUGGACGAUGAACCCAAGGAUGAUGCUGUCACUAGACAGACAGGGGAGUCUAGUACACCAAUUCAAUCUCAGUUUCUCACACCAGGAGAUGCGGCCAAGUCUCCAUAUUUGGCUAAGGAAACAGGAGCCUCACCUCAGCUGAGAUCGAGAAGGUCUGGUGACAAAAGUGCUGAACCAAUACCUCCUCUCAUCAAGAGAAGGUAUGAUCAGUUCCUUAAGCGUAAAAUACUUGCUGAGCGUUCGGUAGAUAUGAAGGAAGCUGAUCAGUGGGGCUACUUGGCCGUUAUCAAGAAAGGGUCUAUGGAAUCAACUGUCUCAAGUCUUGCAGUGUAUGUUGAGCAAGUUGUAGCUGAGUUCUAUGCAGGUCUACCGAGUACUAAAGCUGAAGCAGAUGUUGAUGAAGUAGUUGUCUCCGUGAGAGGACAAGAGUACAAGUUCUCACCUGCGCUCAUCAACAAUGCCAUAGAUUGGGAACCACUUACUGAGGAAGAAGAGGAGAAAGACGCAACGUUGGAUGAUAUCUCGGUAACUGAGUUGGCUUCAUUCAUCACCGGAGAUACAAAGACAGAAUGGGACGGUCUCACUACAACGGAUCUUACUCCGUGCUACGGUGCUUUGAUGAUCAUAGCUGCAUACAACUGGAUUCCCUCGACUCACAAGACAUAUGUCUCACUUGAGAGAGCAAGGCUGAUCUACAAGAUGGCUCAUGGAGUCCGUGUUGAUUUGGGCAAGAUGAUGUUCAGACAGAUUCUUAAUCUUGGAGUGAUUCAAGUCAAUGAUGCCCGUUGGUUGAUCUUCCCUCGCUUGAUCAUGGCACUUCUUCAAAGCCAGCAUGCGGUUCCAUCUUAUCCCAGUGACAAGCUUCAACGUCCGGUUCUUUACAACAAGGAUAAACGAGUUGCCAUCCCUCAAGGACCACUCAACCGUGUGGAUUUGCAAGUGGCACUACAGGACACAACACGAGCCCUUCAAGCGCUAGCUGGGAUAGUUCAGGAUAUUCAGAGCGCUGUAGCAG